GCGUCCUCCGACAGUAGCCGAGCGGGCAGCGCCAGCAGCAGCGAAGUGAGCAGCCGCCGCUCGAGUGCCACCAGCGUCGCGUCAUUGCCUGCGGAUGCCGUCGACGACGAAGACGCCUCGGAGCGUAGGGCGUCACUGAGAGGCGACGAACGAUCUGGUUCGGGACGAAAAGCUGCCAUGACGGGGCAGGGUUUCGUCCGCGUCAAAUUGCUCCAGGUGGAGCUGUUGCCCAACAACGGCCAAACGGGCGGACACGAGCCUUCGGACCUGCAGGCGCAAACGCAUCAGCAGCAGACGCCGGUGAGGCACGACAUCGUCGACCCUUUCUGCGUCGUGAACCUGAAGGAGGCCGAGGAGAUUCCGGGCAAAGGAGUCCAGUUAGCGCAGAGCAAGAAGUCUCUUUACCCGGAAUGGAACUCCUGCUUCGACGUCCAGAUUUUCAGAGGUUCUCUGAUGCACAUCCUGGUGAUGGAUCGUCCGAACCGGCAUCUGGCCGAUCUGCUGCUCAGCGCCCAAGUGCUGGCCGACAAGUGUCGUGAUGGGGAAGACGUCGUCAACGUCUGGCUCAAGCUCCGGCCCAGCGGCAAACUGAACGUCCAGGUUCGCCGCUUCCGCGAGGGUGAAGCCACUCCUCUCGAAGAAGAACCGAAGGCGGCCGGCGGCAUCACCCGCCGACGUGGUGCCAUCAAGCACCAAAAGGUCUUCGAGGUCAAAGGUCACAAGUUCAUCGAGAAGUUUUUCCGGCAACCCACCUUCUGCGCCUUCUGUAAGGAAUUCCUAUGGGGCUUCGGAAAGCAGGGAUAUCAGUGCAUCUCCUGCCAAGUGACCGUGCACAAGCGAUGCCACGACAAGUUCCUCGCCAAAUGCCCAGGAUCAGUGAAGGAGUCUCAAGCGACGCUGUACCUCCGGGAGAGGUUCAAGAUGGACGUCCCACAUCGGUUCCGGGUGCACAAUUACAUGAGCCCAACUUUCUGCGACCACUGCGGCUCUCUACUCUACGGACUCUUCAGGCAGGGGCUCAAGUGCCAACCACAUGUGUGCUAA